GGGCUCCGCCGCCCCGGCCAGCAGGCCGGCACCCGCAGCGCGAGGGGGGCGGGGCCACGCGGGGGGCGGGGCGAGCGGUCACGUGUGUACACAGGCCCCCGCGCGGCGUGUGCCGUGAGCCUGCCGCCUCCGGAGCCCCCAGCUGCCCGCCCGCCGGGACUGCGCGGCCCAGCGAGCCGCCUGCGGCGCCCGGCGCCAUGUGGAGCUGCAGCCCGCUCAACAGCACGGGCGGGGGCGAGGACCAGCCCCUCUGCCAGCACGCCCGGCUGGCCCUGUCGGCCGUGUCCCUGCUCUACCUGGCCGUGGGCGUCCCCGUCGGCCUGGGCUACAACAGCCUGCUGAUCCUGGUGAACCUGCACGAGCAGGGCAGCAUGGCCAUGCCCGACGUCUACUUCGUCAACAUGGCCGUGGCGGGCCUGCUGCUCAGCGCCCUGGCGCCCGCGCUCCUGCUGGGCCCCGGCGCCUCCGGCUGGGCCCCGGGGGGCCCCGGCGGCGAGGCCCAGGUCACGCUGCUGGUGCUGUUCGACGUCUGCGCGCUGGUGACCAUGUACUGCACGGCCCUGCUCAGCCUGGACUACUACAUCGAGCGGGCGCUGCCGCGCACCUACAUGUCCAGCGUCUACAACAGCCGGCACGUGUGUGGCUUCGUCUGGGGCGGCGCCCUGCUCACCAGCUUCUCCUCCCUGCUCUCCUACAUCUGCAGCCACGUGGCCGCCCGGCUGGCCGAGUGCGCCCAGAUGCAGCACACGGAGGCCGCCAGCACCAUCAUGGUGCUCAUCGGGUACCUGGUGCCCGGCCUGGCCGUGCUCUACGCCCUGGUGCUGGUCUCGCGCAUCCGCAAGCAGGACACGCCCCUCGACCAGGAGGCGGGGAGGCUGGACCCCUCGGUGCACCGGCUCCUGGUGGCCACCGUGUGCACGCAGUUCGGGCUCUGGACGCCGCACUACCUGACCCUCCUGGGGCACACGUCCCUGGCCUUGCGGGGGCGGCCUGUGGACGAGCAGCACCUGGGGAUGCUGCUCUUCGCGAGGGACCUGUCCAGGUGCCUCGCCCUCUCCAGCAGCGCUGUGACGCCGCUGCUGUACCGCUACAUCAGCAGGAGCUUCCCUGGCAAGCUGCGGCGGCUGAUAAAGAAGACCCCCUGUGGGCGCCGGAGCUGCUCCGAGGACCAGCCGGGGGUCCAGCAGGUGCUGGCGUAGACGGCUGGCGGCACGGGUCAGCCCACAGAGGUGGCGCCCGGUGCCCAGGCCAAGCCUGUCGCUCCCUCAUGCCACCGGGGUCUCGCAUCCUGGGGGACCGGGUGACUGACGCCUCGGCCCCACGCACGGCACUCUGUCACCUGCACACUCUGCUGCUCUCUCCCCGGCGGACACACUGAGGCAAGGACGCACAGCAGCACGAGGCGUGUGCUCUUGACCCUUCCUGUGUUCCUCCGGGGCUCCCUGGCCCGUGCCCCGCCAGCCCCGCCCCCGGCCUGCGCGCUCGGCCUCCCAGCAGGGGCUUUCCGAUGAAGUGGUGGGGGUCAAAGCCCGUGUCUGU